AUGAAUACUACAAAAUCUCAUAUUCAUUCAGUUACUUCUCAUGGUCUUCAGGGCAUUAGAUCUAGAGCUGGAGAGCAUCUAAAUCAAAUUGUUUCCAAUAGAUCAGAAAUUCGUGUUAUCAAUCAAGAUGAAGUAGUCGAUGAAGGUGACCUUUUGGCACAAAUAGGUUAUAAGCAAGAAUUGAAUAGAUCAUACAAUUCUUUGCAAGUUUUUGGAAUCGCAUUUUCAAUAAUGGGAUUAUUGCCUUCUAUUGCAUCUACGUUAGCUACCGGGUUGGAGGUGGGUCCAGUUGGUUUAACAUGGGGUUGGUUGAUCAGCGGAUUAUUCAUUUUAUGUAUCGGUGCUCUGAUGUCAAUCUUAAGUUCUCUGAUUCCAACUUCUGGUGGAUUGUAUUAUUGGACGAAUUACUAUGCACCAGAUCUGAUCAGAACCCCACUAAGUUUCAUGAUCGGAUGCUCAAAUUCUUUGGCGUUAUGCGGAGGAAUAUGUCUGAUUAACUACGGGUUUGCAAUAGAGUUACUUUCUGCUAUUUAUAUAAAUAAGGACGGCAAUUUUGAUAUUACGAAUGCAAGAGUAUAUGGAGUCUUUGCAGCGUGCGUUGUGUCGCACAUUAUACUUUGUUGUGCCACUACGAAACAUACUGCUACAUUGCAGACAUUUUCCAUUUUUAUAAACGUUUUCAUUAUCGUUUUAUUUUUUAUUGCAGUCCCUGUUGGUGUAUCAAAGAAUUACGAGUUCAAUAGUGCUAAAUUUAUUUUUACAGAAAUUAAGAACUUUAGAACCUGGGAUCAAGGUUGGUCGUUUAUGCUUUCGUGGAUGCCAGCUAUUUGGUAA